AUGUCAUUAUCCCAAAUCACCUUCAUGUUCCUGAAGCCGAAAAACUCGGCUUCUAUUUUGGGAGUUUUGAUGCCACUUUUAGUUUUAAUAAAACCCCCCUCAAACUCAAAUGGUCUUGUGGCUAUGACCGUGAAUGAAAAGAUGUCUGAAGCAUCUGAGGAGGUUGAUGAAACUAUAGAGGAUCAAAUACAAUCCAGAAAUGAAAAUGCUGAUGGAGAGGAGGAUCAUCUUGAACGUCCUACCACAUCUUCAUCUUAUGUACCCAAGAAUUUACCAACGGAAGCUGCUAUCCAUCUGUUGUUAAGCAACGGGACAUUCCCACAACAACCACAACAAGGCGGCGGAGGCAUGUAUCCAGCACCACCACCACCAGUGACUGCCGCCUCUAAUUCUAAAUACCCGCUUCCACAGUAUAAGCCAGGAAGCAAUACAUGGAGUAUUGGAAUGGCGGGAAGCUAUGGACCAUAUGCCUCAGCAGCCCCUAUUGGUUAUAACUCUGCUUCGGUUGCUGCCAGUUCCAUGGAAUCUUUUAGCCGCAACACUGCUCAAAAACAAUGGGAUGAAACACUUGUGCUUGUAUUUGGUGGAAUUGCUCGUAUCUUGCAUACUUUCUUUCCACUAUUAAGAAGUUUAACCAAUUUUUGGUCAGGAUGGGAGUCUUUGCUGUGUUUUGUGAAGAACAACAUUGCAAAUGGUAGUAAAGAGGUUGCCCUUGCUGCAGUAGGGUGUUUGCAAAUGGGGAAACCAUUUCAUUUUCAUAAAAAGCCUACUCCACUUAGCAACCUCACUGUUUCAUUAGGCAUGAUAACAUUAGGGUUCCUAACAGCAACAGGUGGAUCCACCUUCCCCUUUGAUGAGAUACUCCAGAAACUACCACCACAAGAGGACACCUUAUCAGCACCACCAUCAGCUUUCGAUUUCAUCAAAGGAUGCUUCCCGUUCCAUAUAUUUAGUUGGCUUUGUUUGCACUAG